CAGCACCCUCACCCUCCGUCCGUCCUGUCCUUCCGUCCCUGCCUCUUCCCGAGCAGGAGCGCCCGUGGCUCACCCUGCUCACGGCCGGGACCUGCCGGGCUGGCGUCUGCUGGGCCAGGUGCUCUGUGGCCCUCAGUGACUCUGCAGUCAUGCUGCAACUGUUCCCAUUCUGGUGUCCUGUUCUUGAGAGCCGCCUGUGUGGAGACCUUUCCGCUCCAGGUCCGAGAAAAUAACACCUGGAAGAAGACUGAGCAUCCUCAUUAGAACACCCACCACUGCUCUACUGAAGCUGAAGAUGGACAUACUGUGCUGAAUCCUUUUGAUGGUGGUGAAAAGAAAAGCUGCAGCUGGAAAUUCUCCUUCAGAUGUGCCCACUCAGCACCACAAUGUCUGGAAAGGGUAAAGGUGGUGCUGAAGGCAGUGCUGAUUCCUACAUUUCAUGCCACAUAGACUCUGAAUUUCGCUACAACCUCUUCACUGUUUUCUACAGCAUCAUUUUCAUUCUGGGCUUUGUUGCCAACUGCUAUGUGCUCUGGAUUUUCAGCCGUAUUUACCCCACCAAGAAACUCAAUGAAAUCAAGAUAUUCAUGGUGAACCUGACAGUGGCUGACCUGCUCUUCUUGGUUACAAUGCCAAUGUGGAUUGUUUACUAUCACCACCACGGAGACUGGAUCAUGCCUGAAUUCCUCUGUAAUGUGGCUGGCUGUUUAUUUUUUGUUAACACCUACUCUUCUGUUGCCUUUCUGAUGGUCAUCACAUAUAACCGUUACCAAGCUGUGACUAAUCCCAUCAAAGCUGCUCAGUUUACCACCCAGAGAAGGGGUAUCUACUUGUCAGCGGCUAUCUGGAUCAUAAUAGUGGGCAGCUCUUUGUAUUACCUUUUUGACAACAAUACUAAUCAGGAGGAGAUGGACUCAAAGAAUUUCACGCGGUGCUUUGAGCACUACAGCUCUUCUGGCAGUGUUUCAGCUGUUCUCGCCAUUCAUGUCAUCAUCUGUAUCCUCUUCUAUAUCAUUUUCCUUUUCAUACUAGGCUGGAACAUCAUCAUCAUCAGGACUCUGUUCUCCAAAUCAAUGCAGCCACGGAAGAGUGCUCAUGUCAAGCAAAGAGCGCUCUGGAUGGUUUGCACAGUGCUGGCUGUGUUCGUCAUAAGCUUUGUCCCUCAUCACAUAGUGCACCUGCCCUGGACCUUAACUGUGCUGGAGCAGUGGAAGAAGGAAGACUGUCAGCUGCGCCAACAACUCAAUGAUGCUCACCAGGUGACUCUGUGCCUUUUGAGCACCAACUGCAUGUUGGACCCUAUCAUCUACUGCUUCCUCACCAAGAAAUUCCAGAAGCAUCUUUCAGAAAACCUGAAGAGCAUGAAAGGGAGUCGCAAAUGCUCCAAGCAAACCACAGACACAGUGAUUGAGGGCACCAUCCACCGAGAAGACUCCAUUAGGAUCUAGUUCAGCCUUGUUCUGAUUGUAGACUGAGAUGCAUCUUAGUCACUCAUCUUUCAGGAGGAGGCACUGAGGGGCAAAACAGAGGACCAGGAUAUUACACUUCCUUUUUCCCAUCAGGCAGAAGAAUGGAUGCUCAUUUCUUCUACCACAUGCAACUAGCAGAACUGAAACCUGUAGUAAGCUAGCAGAAAAGUGCCUUCUCUCUGGGCUGAUGUUCUCAUGCACACUGAGAACAGCUCAGAUGACUGCUUUUACGUAAAAGAAAUGUGUCAUUGAGUCUCUGCAGUGAGCAGCUGGAAGCUAAGUGCACUCAAAUUUUCCAUUGUGUCAGCCCAGAUAGCGCCGUCCUUGGUCUUUUGCCUGCCCAGCUCCCAUGAAGAAUCCAAGGUCAGACCUGUAAGAGACUUCAGAAAGACCUGGGAGAACAGACUGGGCUGCUAGUAUCAUCAAGUGACUUUUUAAGGCAGCUUGCACAGUUCUUUGAAGACAGUCUGAGCUGAAGAAGCUUGAGUGGCUAGAAGGGGUGUAGUCCAAGGAGUUCCUCAAAUGCCAUCAAAAAAGAGAUCUGCACCUCUGACCCCUUCUUACCUAUGUGCGUCAUCUGUGGGGUCCGUACUUGACAGGCGUCUGGGAGUAGCUAUUACAAACGUUUGCCUUUGCUCCCAGCUCUUGCAUCAGGCGAGCAGUAGGCAAGAAAAGGAAGAGGUGGCAGUGGCUCAGCCCCCAUAUGUCCAAGGUAUGUCCAAGGGGCACUACUGUCUGCCCUGGCUUCUUGUACGACAGCGCGACUGGCAGAGCAGUGGCCUCUUGCACUCGGUUUAGUAAUUUUUGGCUGACUGCAUGCACCUGUGGGAAUCCAAUCUCACUUUGGAGGCUCCUGAUAACAGAAGAUUACUGUCAGCAUGGGCAUUAUGAUAAGAAGAAAAAAAGCUUAAAAUGCUUUGGUAUCUUCUUUUCUUAUUUAUUUAAAUUAGAGCUGUAGAAAGCAACUGUAUGUUAUUCCUUCCCCCAGCAUUUCUAUUUCUGCUAUGAAGAAAUGAAGCUGCCUCGUUCUUGAUAGCCUCCCACAAGUGAAGUAUUAGGGCAGGUCAUGGCCACUUUCUGAGUAAAUCAGCGCUGCACAGUGAUCCAGGGCCUUUGACAGACAGGUAAUUCAUGCGCUGCAAGGGGCUGGGGACUCCUCACUCAGGGCUGGCUGCAGUCAGCUGGGGCCCAGGGCAAAGUAGUUUUCCAGGGGUGGGUGCCAAGUUCUGUUACCAAUCAUGAGACCCUUGAGGUUCCUCUUCUGACCCAAGUUGCUCAAUCCAGCAUAGGAAACUGGGCAGGGCAGGGAACUCACUUGUUUUCACAACAGUUUUUGGUUCCCUAAACUACAUAGGGGAGCCUGGUUGAUGACAAGAAAAGCAUAUCUGACCUGUGACACUGAUUAUUCAUAUGCAAGCACAGCAGCUUUCCUACACCCACCAGAGAAUGUGAAAGAUGGGCUCAAGUCUUUCCAAAGACAGGAUCAACAUUUGUGUUAGACUUUGCCUGUAUUUGGUGGAGAAACAUGUUCUUCAGAUUUAUCUCCUGAAGAUCCUCAGGCAGCGUUUAUGCUUACUGGUGCAAAUAAGUACAAGAACCAAGUCAUUUCUGUUUCUAAUGCCACCUGCCAGCACCAGCCCUGCACUCCGGGCCCUGUGCCAGGCAGAGGAAAGAAUCUGAUUACAGCAUGAAUUCAUUUCCCUUCUGGUCCUGGACUCUGCUCCGGUUAUGACCACCCAGAAGGCACACCUGCUGGCACCUCUUAGCAGAGAGAGAAUUCCUCAGCCAUGUUCAAAGCUUUGCCCUGAAUCUGCAGCGAUCUGAACCACAGCACAGAGCAAGGGGGGCAACUUCUGUAAUUUAAAAGCCUAAAUCCCACUUGCUGGAGGAACCUGCCUCUGUAUUUCUGCCUUCCCCAGGUGGCGUGUUCUGGCUGAGGCGCGCUCGCAGCUGGCAGAUGGGGUGCAGCUUACCUUUUUCCCCUUGCCACCUGAUGCGAAUGGAGCUCUCCUGCUUCACAACCCCAAAGCACUAAACAGAUGGAGUCUGGCAAUUCUUAGAGGAAAUGGAAACAGAUUUUAGCUGGAAAUCACAAAAACACGUGGUCUUCUAUUGAUUCCAGGAAAGCUUGCAACAGAGUUUACAGUUCAGGCUACUUACUGUGGCUAAGUAACAUGCUUUACUCCACAGAAAACAGCUGUAAGGCUGGUGUGGGCUCAGAGAACAAUUGCAAACUUGCAUCUAAGGAAAAGGGUAAGUGGAGAAAAAGCGCCGAGGGCAUUUCAGGAGGCUAUGUUGUGGUAACGGAAGUCAGUAACAACGCCUUUCUAAAAAACCAGUCUGAGCUUCUACUUCUGUUCUAGAAAUUACUUUAUUGGUUUUAUGCAACGUUGUGUUAGUCUGCUUUACUUUGCAAUAAAAUGGAUCCACAAAAGUUCUUUUAAAUAA